AUGAUUUCUAAAUUAGCUUUUGCUAUCGCAUUGUGUUUUAGUUUGUGUUUUGAUAUCUGCAUUGCCGAGAGCUACGUUUUGGAUGAUAAAGUUGGAUUAGGAAGAACGUUUGACGGCAUUGGAGGUUUGAGUGGUGGAGGGGUAUGUAAUGAAUCCAAGCUGCUAAUACUAGGCUAGUAGCUACUUCCUGGUUCGCCUGUACUGUGAAGCGAUCAAUGAAACAAGAGUGCGUUGCAAUCUAAAUCGUUUUGCCACUUUCUACCACCUUUCCCUGUUCGUUUUAGGCAACAUCUCGUCUACUUGUCAAUUAUGCAGAACCCUACCGCAGCCAGAUAUUGGACUACCUCUUCAAGGUAGCUGUUACAACUGUUUACAUUCUUAUGUUAGGUCUGAUUCCUCUUAUCUUAUUUAAUGCAAGGUAGCCAGCCAGUAAUCUUAUCUAGGUGUGAGAUCCAUAACAGUAUGUAACUUUUAUUUGCUGUCUGCAGCCAAACUUUGGGGCUUCUCUACACAUCCUGAAAGUGGAGAUUGGAGGUGACGCCCAAACCACAGGUAAACAUGGAAAAUGUACUUUAUAGUGCACUACUUUUGACCAGGACUAUAUUGUGAAUAGGGUGCCAUUUGCGCAGCAUACUUUGUGUUUAUCAAGUAUGUCACAUGCAGAGAGUGGCUUUGAGUUACGAAUGUAAUGUUAGCUGAAGAGUACAUUUUUUCUCCCUAGAUGGAACGGAACCCUCUCACAUGCACUAUGAGAACGAUGAGAACUUCUUCCGAGGGUAUGAAUGGUGGCUGAUGAGAGAAGCCAAGAAGAGGAACCCCAACAUCACUCUAAUAGGUGAGGCUGAACGAGCAGUAGACCCUUUCAUUGCUGCCAUACCCAUUCAUUUCUGUGUCAAACUAGAACACAGACAGUUGGAAAUAUCUGCGACGAUUCGACAGAUAAGCGUCAGGUGUGGUCUCUCGCUAACAAUAGUCCCUGUUCAUUUUACCUCUUGUUCCUGCAGGCUUGCCAUGGGCCUUCCCAGGUUGGGUUGGACAUGGGAAGAACUGGCCAUAUGACUUCCCUGAUAUAACUGCAUCCUACGUGGUGUCGUGGAUUAUAGGAGCCAAACAGUACCAUGACCUGAAUAUUGAUUAUGUCGGGGUGUGUAUUCAAUUCAUUUUUGUGGGUUGUGUAUUGAGAAUAUUCUAAUUGGAUACAAACAUGAUGUAUUCACUAACUGUUUUAAGUUAUGCUGUUGAUGUUUUCUAACUAUAUAGAUUUGGAAUGAACGGAACUUCAACAGCAAGUACAUCAAGGUUGGUGUUGUCAUGUUUUCUGUUCAUAUUUUACCAGCCAUUACACAAUGUGAAAUGUCUUUGAAGACAAAAAACUGCCUCCAACAUUUGGUUUUACUGUUGCAGCCAUUACUUAAUUAAUGUCACCGGCGGCCAGUGGCACCUUAAUUGGGGAGGACGGGCUCAUAGUAAUGGCAUUUAUGGAAUGGUAUCAAAGGACUGGUAUCCAACACAUCAAACACAUGGUUUCCAUGUGGUUGAUACAUUCCAGUCACUCCAUUCCAGUUAUUAUUAUGAACCGUCCUCCCCUCAGGAGCCUCCUGUGAUUUAGGUCUAUAGGCUAUUGGCAGAGAGAGAUACAGAGAAUUGUUCAUACAAUCCGAUCAAGAUCAGCUGUUUGCAUCUGAGAGCAUAUCAUUUGUUACUAAGGUGCUCCGAGACACAUUGGAUAAAGUUGGCCUAACCGGUGUGGGCAUCAUCGCAGCAGACGGCAACUGGGAUGUUUCCAAUGCCAUGGGUGUAGACCCGUACCUCAACGACGCUGUUGAAGUACUAGGGUAAGUAAGGGACAACAUGAACCACAGCUUGCUCUGAAGUGACACAAAAAAGCCCUUACAACUCCGGCUCACAGCAAAUCACUCUGUUUCCUCCAUGGCAUGGUAUUUCUCACGUGAAGCUGACUAAUGUCACAGGUAUUUCUCUGUAAGUGUGGUGUAGUCAAUAGCAUUCUGUAAGUCUAGAAAUGCAAAGGAUCAUGCUAAACAAACAUGCUCUCAGAUGCUUUUGCACUAAAGUAACAAGUUAAAGAACGUGGUAUCAUUAAACCCAGAAGCCAGUCAAGGUGAAUGAGGAACUGAACACACAGGGGUUUACUGUAGUAGAGUAUGAGUUCUCCAUGGGUCUUUCAGUUCCCUGGAUCUGGUAUGUUUGCUUCUGUCACGAGUUAGUUAUACCACUCAGCCAUUCUAGAACACUUGGCAAGCAAUAAGGAAGUCUGCGUGACACCUUUGAUUUCUCUGUUGUGGUCAGACAAAGCUGAAUGUUGGUGGCAGUUUUUUUUCUUCUAAUGCCUGAGCAGUCAGGAGAGGUAGUUGUCUAACACAAUUACAGUCAAUUCCUGAUAAAUGUUUACUUUGUUUAAAGUGAUGCUUCAGGAUUUUGACAAUGCACUUUAUCUGCUUCCCCAGAGUCAGAUGAACUCGUGGAUACUAUUUUUAUGUCUCUGCGUGCAGUUUGAAGAAAGUUGCUAACUGGCGUUAGCGCAAUUGCUAAUUAGCGUUAGCCCAAUGACUGGAAGUCUAUGGUAACUGCUAGUAGAUACCAUAGACUUCCAGUCAUUGCGCUAACACUAGUUAGCAUUGGCUCACACAACUAACUCUAACUUCCAUCAUACUGGAUGCAGAGACAUAAAAAUGGUAUCCAUGAGUUCAUCUGACUCUGGGGAAGUAGAUAAAGGGCUUCAUUGCCAAAAUCCCAAAGUAUCACUUUAAGUGAAUUUCAGUGCACCAGUACCAAUUCAAAUACAUUCUUCAUUACAUUCUUCUGCAUAUCUGAAUAAUCUUAUUUAGUGCAUAUAUUCAUGACAGUCCCAAACCACAGCAUUAUCAGGAGUUGAUUCCAUACUAAUAGAGAAUGUGCACACUCUAGUAUGAAAGCUACGUUUAUUGCUUGGCAUUGGCACAUGUUAAAGUAAAAGGUGAAUGUAGUAAUGUAGUCAACUGUCCUGAAUGGUUCUUCAGUACAUGAUCACCUUUUCACUCGCCUCUCUUUCUGACUGUCUGUCACUGGUUAGCUGCUGCGGUACACUCUGGAUAAGAGUGGUUUGGAGAGGGUCAGAAUCAUAGCCAGUGAUAACCUUUGGCAGCCCAUAACCUAUUCAGUGUGUGUCGAUCGAGAGCUGGCUGAAGCAGUAGACGUGAUAGGGUAGGAGAGUGUUUCUACUUUGUUUCUACUGUGUUACAUCUUGAAGAGCCAACCUCUGUUCAAUUUACUGCAUGCGUUUCUCCCAUCUAUUCAGAAGUUAUUCCUCAGAACUACAGUCUGCAUGUACAGCGCUUAUUUAGCUAAUUUUUUUAAAAGUGUGCCUUUGUGUGUUCAUCACUUUUUAUAAUUCCAUUUGUGUGGCCUGACAGGGCCCACUACCCAGGCACCACCACAGUGAUAGAGGCCCUGAAGACACAGAAGAAGCUAUGGUCGUCUGAAGACUACAGCACCUUUAACGACGAGGUGGGAGGAGGCUGCUGGGCCCGGAUCCUCAACCAGAACUAUGUCAACGGACUCAUGACUGCGUAUGUAGCUAACUGUCAUAGUUACUGAUUUCUACUCAUAGCCUCAUGGAACCAGACUGACUCCUGUGCUCACUUUUCAUUUCACAACAGAAUGUGAGUUCGCAAGAUUGGGCUGGUUAAACAAGGCUACUAAAAUCAGACUUAGUAUCGCAAGGGUGAGAGGGUAGUACUAUGAUCAACACAGAGAUUGACCUUAAGGAUUGCCCUAUUUCCCGCGGUAAGUGAACUGAGCAGUUGGGGAAGUUGAAGCUGCUCUGAGUUUUCCCCAUUGGCCAGGUGACUUUGGGAUGAAAACCAGCAAACUGCAUGAAUUCCAGUUGGUAACCUGAGACAAGGUGCAGCUAUAAGAAUCUGAUAGAGCGCAGUGCCCAAAACACACAACCCUCACUCUUAUAUAAUAGUAGUUAUGAUUUGCGUCCCAAAUGGCACUCUAUUCCCUACAUAGUGCCCUACUUAUGACCAGAGCCCUAUGGACCCUGGUCAAAAGUAGUGCCCUAUAUAGGGAAUAGGGUGCCAUUUGGGACUGACCCAUUGUCUGCCAUUAAAAGGGUUACCUGUUGUCCUUAGGCUACAUAGCGUUACCUUUUUGUGAAAGAGUGGUUAUUGUUUCAGCACCAUAUCCUGGAACCUGGUAGCCAGUUACUAUGAGGACCUUCCCUUUGGGAGAGACGGCUUAAUGACAGCAGAGGAGCCCUGGACUGGGAACUAUGUGGUGGAAUCACCCAUCUGGAUAACUGGUAACCCACAGCACUUAAACAGAUAGUUCACCCUAACAUUGUUGUUUUGCAGAUGUUUCAUUAUUGGUACAGUUAACUUGCAUACUAGCUACAGAUUAGCACAAUAAUGUUUGAUUACCUUGUCACUGUUUUGAAUGGUUUAUUACUGCUUCAGCAUUAUGUGAAGCUUCCCCAAAAGUAUCGCCAGCUCACAUUUAAUUUCGAGGUGUGAUGCAUUGACAUUAGCUGCCAUAUCCUGAUUCAUUAUAAACAUAUUUUAGACAAGUAUUUAAAAAAGUAAAAUAAUUUCAUUGAUUGAUUUACAUGAGGUAAUAUUAUAUCCUAGCCCACACCACCCAGUUUAGCCAGCCUGGAUGGACCUAUCUGCAAACCGUUGGGCAUCUGGUACACGGGGGAAGUUAUGUUGCCUUGACAGACAGUAAAGGAAACCUCACUGUUGUAAUAGAAACCAUGGUCAGUAUUUAUCUUCCUGUAUAUUAUGCCUGUUAACCAGGAUAUUUUUUCUGAGUAAUGCCAUCUAAUGUUAGUAAAAGGCUUAAUUCUCUUGUUGAUUGUACACUGCUAUGAACACGUUCCUAAUUUGGAUAAACAAUUAUAGUAAUUAAGUCUGCUUUUGACUGGAAUGCAGAAAGUCAACAAUGUCCUAAUGAGGUUUUCGCUUUCAAACUAAGCUGUGCUCUCUCAGGAGUCUACAAUCUAAGCUUUAGAAAAGCAAAAGGAAGUCUAGUGAGCUAGCAGUUCACUUCUACUUAGCUUUCUGUUGCUACAAGGAUGGUGUCGCAUACUAGUCUGGUAGCCAGAGUUGUUUUGCACUUUAGGCAACUUUAUUAUUUCUUAUCAUAUAAACACAAAGAGAUCUGUCUACCGGGCUAUCACCUUAGUUUAUACAUUUAUUUAUUUUUCUUCUGUUGUUCAGACUCAUGAUCAUUCUGUAUGCAUCAGACCUCCACUCCUGCCCUUCAACGUCACAGCCCAGAAUGUAACAUUCCAACUCAAGGGAUCUUUUGUGAGUACUGUUGUGUUCCCCUGAGACUUUUCUGGUGACUUAAUGAUUGAGAGGCUACUUUGUCUGAGUAAGCGUUUCUCUGUCCUAGGGUUCGAUCAAGGAACUACAGGUGUGGCAGUCAAGGUUUGACUUCAAGACUAAAAAGCCAUUCUUCUUCAAGAAACUGAGCCCCUUCAAGGUAAACAUACUCCUCUGACAGAAAUAGCUCUGCAAUAUGGCACGCCAGACUCUGAAAGCGUUUGACAAGCUGACAUGUGACAGGAUGACACUCAGUCUUUGGAUCUUGUUUUUAGAGCGAGUGUUGUACAAAGUGAUAUUACUCCCCCCAUGACAUUUCACAUCUCCUCACAAACUUUUAUGAGAGGUUUUAUGAUUUUAGGUUGAAGAUGUUGUCAUGAGUUUCAUGCUCCCUCCCUCUCUCUCUGGUAGAUUUCUGAUGGUUCGUUCACCUUGAGCCUGGAUGUUGAUGAGGUUUACACGUUAACCACCAUAACCACUGGGCAGAAAGGGACUUACCCUGAUCCACCCCCCUCUGGCCCAUUCCCUAAAGUCUACAAAGAUGACUUUAAUGUUGGUAAGUACAUUUUAAAGCUAGAAAUGUCACUCUAUUUAUCUGCCAAAAGCAACCUGCAAAUGAUCCGGAAAUUCUAAUUAAUGUUUUUAAAUGAUUAAAUAAAUGCUUUUGUCUGUUUCUUUCUCUCGCUCGCUACCUUUUCUCUCUCUCGCUCUCCCCUUUUCUCUCCUCUCUCUUUGCAGCCAACCCUUCCUUCUCUGAGGCCCCAGACUUUGCUGACCAGACGGGGGUGUUUGAGUAUUACAUCAACCUGACGGACCCUGGUCCUCAUGUCUUCACUCUGCGUCAGGUGGUCACACAGAUGCCUGUUACCUGGGCAACAGAUGCCGACCAGACCAUCAGCGUCAUUGGAGACUAUAAAUGGUGAGAGGGCAUUGGUCAGGGCCGACGCCAACCCUUAUCCUGGAGGGCCGUAGUGUGCACUUUGUAGUGUAUUGUGUACAUAGUGUUACAGCAAUAAGCCUUAGACUCCUCUGCUCAAAUCCACAAUGAUAAUAAUAUUACCCUGGAAAGGAAAAUGUUUCAGGUCAAGAAAGUUUUACGGUGUGUAUUUGUAAUGUUGUAUACUGUAUGUUUUCCAGGCAGAACCUGACAGUGACGUGUGAUGUCUUCAUGGAGACGGUGAAGACUGGAGGAGUGUUCAUCGCAGCCAGAGUGGACAAAGGAGGGCAGUCUGUCCGUAGCGCCAAGGGAGUCUUCUUCUGGGUGUUCGCAGAUGGCUCCUACAAAGUCACCAAUGACCUAGGUCAGUAUUUCACUCAUAGACACACACACAGUAAGGGCUAGUUUCCCCGACACAGAUUAAGCCUAAUCCAGGACUGAAAACCAUGGUCAAAAGAGAAUCUCCUUUGAAAUAACUGUUUAGUCCAGGACUAGGCUUAAUCAGUUUCCGCGCCUUAAUGUUUAUACCUGAGUUUUAAAAAUGCCUGCUUAUCAGUAAAUUAUGUAUCAUUGUAAUGCACAAGCCAUUGAUAAAAUCAAUAUACCAAGUCUUUUUACUCCACAGUUGGCAAGACUGUACUGGCAGAGGGUCUGUCUGGAACGAGAGCGUAUGGCUGGCACACGUUAACCCUCACAGUCGAGGUAUGUUCACAACUUCAAUCUCUGAAACGGUACAACAACUAUUUCCAGGGAAACUUCAUCUUCAUCAUCAAAAUACAUCUCUUUCAAUUUUGUUUUUCAUUUAAAUGAUUUCCAGACCUUGGUAGGGUCAAAUAUUGUCUGACUAUGGGCACAUUAGCUAUACUAAAUAGAAAGCUCGCUCUUUUUUCAGGGGGAGUAUGCCACAGGGUUGCUGAAUGGAUAUCCGCUAUGGAAGGAUGCUGUGGUAUUGGGACCAAAGAAUGGCUGGGCUGCCAUAGGAACACACUCAUUUGAACUGGCACAGUUUGACAACUUUGCUGUGGAGGCAAAAUGAGCAUUUUUCUGUGUGUGUUUGUGGUGAAUAAACCUUGGUCAUUAAUGUAUUUAUUGGCACAAUUAUGCCUCUAUGAUCCCUUAAAUGUGAUUGUGUGUAAAAUGAGAAAAUGCUGGCUUUUUGAUUUCCACAAAUAUUUUUUAAAGGGAUUAAUUUGGACGCAGUGAUAUUUCAUUAACAAUCAUACAUUGGCACAAAUAUU